AUGGGAUUGCAUUUGCAUUUGCUGCAAGCUCAAUUACUUGUGUCAAUUCUGCUUAUUUUUGUUCCAAGAUCAGUUUCUACUCAAUCAAAUUUCCAAAUUGCAAAGCCCAACUGUACGGAUCAUUGUGGAAAUAAGGCAUUAAGCUAUGACAGACCAGAGGAGGACAGAAGUUUAGCCAACUAUUUUCUCUCAACACUGAAGCAAAGCAACUUAUUCCAAGUUCUUGAUGAUAAUAUUGUAUGCGAAGGAAGCAGUGAGGAGUUAACAUCAGUUGCUAUGCUUGCGAAAAGUUGUUUACAUGUUAAAGGGGAGGAUAGACCGAGUAUGAAGGAAGUAGCCAUGGAACUUGAAGGUCUGAGAUUAGCAGGAAAACACUCGUGGAACCAAACAGAACCCAUUGAAGAAGAGUCGGAAUCGCUGCUUUCUGGGAAAAUGAAUGCCUUUGCAAUUGCAAAUGGUGAGGGUAGUAGCACAGCUAUUGGAUAUGAGAGCAUGAGGGAUCAUAUUAUUUUACCUAUGGGUGGUGGGAGAUAA